AUGCAGACUGCUUCUAUAAACAUUUGUGAAAGACUGUGCAAUAAGUCCAUCCGUGACAUUUCCUGGCUACUAAAUAUUCCACGGUCAACUGUUAGUGGUAUUAUAACAAAGUGGAAGCAACUGGGAACAACAGCAAUUCAGCCAUGAAGUGGUAGGCCAUGUAAGAUGACAGAGCGGGGUCAGCACACGCUGUGCGCAGAAGUCACCAAUUGUCUGCAGAAUUGAUAGCUGAAGACCUCCAAACUUCAUGUGGCCUUCAGAUUAGCACAACAACAGUGGGCAGAGAGUUUCAUGGAAUGGGUUUCCAUGGCCGACCACCUGCAUCCAAG